UUGACGAGUUGUCGCGACCUCUCUGCAGUUUUCACUCCUCAAAGACUUGACUUGCUUUAUUUUUUUAUUUGUUUUUUGUGCGCUUCGGGCUGCGUCCUGCGUAAAGUGCGCGCAGUGCUCCACUCACCUCCUCUCGGUUAAAGUUUCUUUCUUUUAUUUGAAUAUUUGUUAAUUAAACCCCACCUGAGUUGUGAUUCCUCUCGUGCACGCUUCCUCUCCUCCACCAUGGAUUUGGUUUGGAUUGUGGGCUUCGUAGUGAGCGUGUGCGCCUGGUGUGCGUCAGCGGAGCGGCACAGCGUCUACUGGAACAGCACGAACCCAAAGUUCCUAUGGGAUAACUACGCUGUGGAGGUGAAGCUCAAUGACUACCUGGACAUCGUCUGCCCCCAUUACCCCGAGGGCGAGGUGCCGUUGCUGGAUGCUGAGCGGUACGUGCUCUACAUGGUCGAGCGCGAGGACUACGAUUCCUGCAAACCCCAGUCGUACGACCAGAUGCGUUGGGAGUGCGGCCACCCGUUUGCCCCUCACGCCCCUGAAAAGUUCUCUGAAAAGUUCCAGCGUUUUACUCCGUUUACUCUGGGAAAGGAGUUCCGCCAAGGAGAAAGCUACUAUUAUAUCUCCAAGCCUUUGCACCACCACGGACAAGAGUGCCUCAGGCUCCGUGUGGACGUUGUAGCCGCUGAUGGCUCCCAGGAGGCCAGAGUGGCUAAAGGAGGCACAGGUGGGGCUGGAGUUGGAGCCGGGGGCGGGGUUCAUAACCCCUCCAACAGAUUGCCUGCAGCAGAUGACCCGGUAGUAAUCCUGCCAGAUGUCCAGAAGAGCGUACGGACGAACUCUGCAGUGGCAGCUACAUCCCUCUCAAUCCUCUCAUUGCUAGUCCCAUUUUCAUUACUGCUAUUGUUGCAGUGAGAGGACAUGAAACAACUGCUGUUGGCAGACCUUUUUUUUUCUUUCAGGGACUACAAUGAAGACAGUCCGUGGGGAUGAAACCAUUGACUCAAAAAGACAGUUUUUCAUGCCCAGUGCUGGCCACAGGGGGAUUUUUUUUUGUGCUUGCAAAGCACGGACAUCGCAGACUUGCGCAACAUGUGCCGAGAAGCUCCAGAGCAUUUGAGACAAAGUUCAUGUGCUUUGUCUUAUUUUUCAAAAGGUAUGUUUUUCUUGGAAAAACCAACCUCUCCUUGAUUUGUACUUUUGGUCGGCUCUCUGGCCAAAACACAUGCACCUCUUUGGAUGAUAAUCCCAGAAGAAAAUAUGAAGAAGUGGAGGAGAGGCCAGAGAACAAUCAAGAGCAAAAACACCAACCCGUUAGAUAAAACUUCAUAUGGACAUUUAACGGAAAAGUAAUCUCUUACCUUUUGAGCCAAAGAUAAGUCAUCUCUCCAAUUUAUACACUAUUCCACCCUUUAGAGUUGUGUACUAUUUGUUGUAUUGUUCUCGUAGCGGUAUGGAGUUGCAUUGACGUCCCGAGUGAUUACUUUCUCUAAAUGUAGCAUUGACACACGGGUGCUGCUGGCAUCGCAACCAUCCUUUUUUUUGUACACUCGACCAUGUGCUUCUAUACUGUAGCACUAAUUCUGCACAGUACAGACGCACACAAUUCAAAAAUCACACUGACACUCUGUAAUACAUGGAAACACACAACAUUGAGCUGUGUAACUUGUACAUUCUGUGAAGAUAAUUUAUAGCAUUUGCAGCUGGGACGUUUUACUGUAAAUACCAUGAGCUUCUGAAAGGAAAGGUUUACUGUCGCCAGCGAGGGGAGGGUGGUGAGGCUUCAUCUCUCUCUUUCUCCUGGUAGAGUUUGUACUUGUGUGAAAGGAAAAGUGUGCGUAUUGAAGUGAGAGGAAGAGAUUGUGUGCGAGCUACGGAGCGAUUGAUCGCAAGCGUGACGAGACAAAAUGUUUUUCUGCCAAAAGCAAACACUGAGAUGUUGUGUGUAUCACAGAGAGGCUGGACUUUUCUGCGUGCUGGAUCUUGCUCCUGUUUUGGUUCAACCGUCUGACACGAAGAGCUGGUUGUUAUUUUUUUUUUCAACCCUGUCUAUCAUGGUGCUGCCCUUCAUGUUUCCAACACCAGGCAGAAAAUAGGCAAAUACUUAAAAAAGAAAAAAAGUAAGCAAUCAACUAUUUUUACUUGUAAUAACAUCAAAGUUUUUUGGAUGAUUUUGAAAUGAGUCACCAGUUCGCAGAAGACAAGACAAGGCCUCAAAGCGAGACGCCGAGCACAUCUUCACCUGACAGGCUAGCUUGAUCAACGAAGCACAACAGUGUAUGACUACCAUUGAAGUCAAGUCUUUUUUUAUCCGAAUUCUUGUUACCUGAUUUUGUACAUCUGUAAGUAAAAAGAAGUGUAUGAUAUGUACAUAUAUAAAUAUAUAUAGAAGAUUAUAUGGAAGACCUGUUUGAUAAAUAUUCUAAAUGUGAACAUUUCAUGUGAAAUAAAAAAAGAUAUUUUUG